GGGCCUGGGGAGGCGGCCGAUCCCCGGGCUCGGGCGGGCGAGGUGCGUCCCCGGGCCGGGCGCGUGUGCGCCGCGGCCCCCGCCCUGCCGGCCCCGCCGGGGGUCGUGCGGCCACCCCCUGCUCGCUGCGGCGGGGCCUGGGCGCAGCGCGAGGACGCAGGAUGGGCCAGCCUCGGGCCGGCGGGCGGGCGGGCGGGCGGGCGGCCUUCCCGGAUGCGCGCUGCCCCCCGAGCGCCGCGUCCUUGCUGCCGCAGCGCCGCGCGCCGCCCGCGUUCGAUGGUGGGUCGGCCUGGCGCUGCCUCCGGCCUUAUUCGGAUGCGAAACUUGCCGCUGGACUCCGGGACCUGACCCCUCCGGCGUUCCGGGCCCCCGGCCUCCCGGCAGCGCCGGCUCCGCGGGGUAGAGAGUACUACUGUUUAUUGGCCGUGCGCGUCGUAAUGCGAAGGCUGGGCUGGAUCGCGGAGCCUCCUCCCCCAGGCCAGGCUUCGAGCCUGGCCCCCGCCGUGUCCUACUGAGCAUUUGUGACGGAUUCGCCGCCGUGAUUUCACGCGGCGCUCCGGGCGCCUUCUCGUCUGCUCCUAAUGGUGCCGGUCACGCGCUCGACUGUCGUGACAUCACACAAAAAGGAUAUGAAAAGAAGAGGUCGAAGUUAAUUGGCGCCUACCUUCCCCAGCCUCCGAGGGUGGACCAAGCUUUGCCUCAGGAGCGCCGGGCGCCUGUCACACCGUCCUCAUCCUCUCGCUACCACCGCCGGCGGUCCUCAGGGUCCCGAGAUGAGCGCUACCGGUCAGAUGUGCACACAGAGGCCGUUCAGGCAGCCCUCGCGAAGCACAAGGAGAGGAAGAUGGCGGUGCCCAUGCCAUCCAAACGCAGGUCGCUGGUGGUACAGACCUCGAUGGAUGCCUACACACCCCCAGAUACCUCCUCAGGCUCAGAAGAUGAUGGCUCGGUGCAGGGUGACUCCCAGGGCACCCCCACAUCCAGCCAGGGCAGCAUCAGUAUGGAGCACUGGGUCAGCCAGGCCAUGCACGGCUCUACCACCUCCACCACGUCCUCCUCAUCCACGCAGAGUGGUGGCAGCGGGGCGGCCCACAGGCUGGCGGAUGUCCUGGCCCAGACCCACAUUGAAAACCACUCUGCACCUCCCGACGUAACCACUUACACCUCAGAGCACACGAUACAGGUGGAACGGCCACAGGGCUCCACAGCCUCGCGGACGGCACCCAAGUAUGGCAAUGCUGAGCUUAUGGAGACUGGGGAUGGAGUACCUGUAAGCAGCCGGGUAUCAGCAAAAAUUCAGCAGCUUGUAAAUACCUUGAAGCGGCCUAAACGGCCACCAUUACGGGAAUUCUUUGUUGACGACUUUGAAGAAUUAUUAGAAGUUCAACAACCAGAUCCAAACCAGCCAAAGCCAGAAGGGGCCCAGAUGCUGGCCGUGCGCGGGGAGCAGCUGGGCGUCGUCACAAACUGGCCUCCAUCGCUGGAGGCUGCGCUGCAGCGGUGGGGAACCAUCUCGCCAAAGGCCCCUUGCCUGAGCACCAUGGACACGAAUGGGAAGCCGUUGUACAUCCUCACCUACGGCAAACUGUGGACCAGAAGCAUGAAGGUUGCCUACAACAUUCUGCACAAAUUAGGUACGAAGCAGGAGCCAAUGGUGCGGCCUGGAGACAGGGUGGCCCUUGUGUUCCCAAACAACGACCCCGCGGCAUUCAUGGUGGCCUUCUACGGCUGCCUGCUGGCUGAAGUCGUGCCUGUGCCCAUUGAGGUGCCACUAACGAGAAAGGACGCAGGGAGCCAGCAGAUCGGCUUCUUGCUUGGAAGCUGUGGUGUCACCGUAGCCUUGACUAGCGACGCUUGCCAUAAAGGACUACCCAAGAGCCCGACGGGGGAGAUCCCACAGUUUAAAGGUUGGCCAAAGCUGCUAUGGUUUGUCACCGAGUCAAAGCAUCUCUCUAAACCUCCUCGAGAUUGGUUCCCGCACAUCAAAGAUGCCAAUAAUGACACUGCUUAUAUCGAGUACAAGACAUGUAAGGAUGGAAGCGUGCUUGGCGUGACGGUGACGAGGAUUGCUCUGCUGACACACUGCCAGGCCCUGACACAGGCGUGUGGCUACACAGAAGCGGAGACCAUAGUUAAUGUGCUGGACUUCAAGAAGGACGUUGGACUCUGGCAUGGGAUCCUGACAAGCGUCAUGAACAUGAUGCACGUGAUCAGCAUCCCGUACUCACUGAUGAAGGUGAACCCCCUGUCCUGGAUCCAGAAGGUCUGCCAGUACAAAGCAAAAGUGGCCUGCGUGAAGUCUCGGGACAUGCACUGGGCACUGGUGGCACACCGAGACCAGCGCGACGUCAACCUGUCCUCUCUACGCAUGCUAAUCGUGGCUGAUGGCGCCAACCCCUGGUCAAUUUCUUCUUGUGAUGCGUUUCUCAAUGUCUUCCAAAGUAAAGGCCUUCGACAGGAGGUCAUCUGCCCUUGUGCCAGCUCACCAGAGGCCCUCACUGUGGCCAUCCGGAGGCCCACAGAUGACAGCAACCAGCCUCCCGGCCGCGGCGUCCUCUCCAUGCAUGGGCUGACCUACGGGGUCAUCCGCGUGGACUCAGAGGAGAAGCUGUCCGUGCUCACAGUGCAAGAUGUUGGCCUUGUGAUGCCUGGAGCCAUCAUGUGCUCCGUGAAGCCGGAUGGGGUCCCGCAGCUGUGCAGGACGGAUGAGAUUGGGGAGCUGUGCGUGUGUGCAGUCGCCACGGGCACCUCAUACUAUGGCCUCUCGGGCAUGACUAAGAACACCUUUGAGGUGUUCCCCAUGACGAGCUCAGGGGCGCCCAUCAGUGAGUACCCAUUCAUAAGAACGGGCCUGCUGGGGUUCGUGGGUCCUGGGGGCCUCGUCUUCGUGGUGGGCAAGAUGGAUGGUCUUAUGGUGGUCAGCGGCCGCAGGCACAAUGCUGAUGACAUCGUGGCAACAGCCCUGGCCGUGGAGCCCAUGAAGUUCGUCUACAGAGGAAGGAUAGCCGUGUUCUCAGUGACGGUCCUCCAUGAUGACAGGAUAGUGAUCGUGGCAGAGCAGAGGCCGGACUCCACGGAGGAGGACAGCUUCCAGUGGAUGAGCCGGGUGCUCCAGGCAAUUGACAGUAUACACCAAGUAGGAGUUUACUGCCUGGCCCUGGUGCCAGCAAACACUCUCCCCAAAACCCCACUGGGGGGGAUCCACUUGUCAGAGACGAAGCAGCUCUUCCUGGAGGGCUCCCUGCACCCCUGCAAUGUCCUGAUGUGCCCACACACCUGUGUCACAAACUUGCCGAAGCCUCGGCAGAAGCAGCCAGAGAUUGGCCCCGCCUCUGUGAUGGUGGGGAACCUGGUUUCUGGGAAGCGUAUCGCCCAGGCUAGUGGGCGGGACCUGGGUCAGAUAGAGGACAACGACCAGGCCCGGAAGUUCUUGUUCCUCUCGGAGGUCUUGCAGUGGAGAGCUCAGACCACGCCAGACCACGUCCUCUACACGCUGCUCAAUUGCCGGGGCACGAUCGCAAGCUCGCUGACGUGUGUGCAGCUACACAAACGUGCGGAGAAGAUCGCGGUGAUGCUGGCGGAGCGGGGCCGCCUGCAGGAUGGGGACCAUGUGGCCUUGGUCUACCCACCGGGGAUAGACCUCAUCGCAGCGUUCUACGGCUGCCUGUAUGCAGGCUGCGUACCCAUUACCGUUCGGCCCCCGCACCCGCAGAACAUCGCAACCACAUUGCCUACUGUCAAGAUGAUUGUGGAGGUGAGUCGCUCCGCCUGUCUGAUGACAACACAGCUGAUCUGUAAACUGCUGCGGUCCAGGGAGGCAGCAGCAGCUGUCGAUGUCAGGACGUGGCCCCUUAUACUGGAUACAGAUGAUUUGCCAAAGAAGCGGCCUGCCCAGAUCUGCAAACCUUCCAACCCUGACACCCUGGCUUAUCUCGACUUCAGCGUGUCCACAACGGGGAUGCUAGCCGGUGUAAAGAUGUCUCAUGCAGCCACCAGUGCCUUCUGCCGUUCUAUUAAGCUGCAGUGUGAGCUUUACCCCUCUAGAGAAGUGGCUAUUUGCUUGGACCCUUACUGUGGACUUGGAUUUGUCCUCUGGUGCCUCUGCAGCGUGUACUCAGGCCACCAAUCCAUCCUGAUCCCACCCUCCGAGCUGGAGACGAACCCUGCCUUGUGGCUUCUUGCUGUGAGUCAGUAUAAAGUCCGGGACACGUUCUGCUCCUACUCCGUGAUGGAGCUAUGCACCAAGGGACUGGGCUCACAGACCGAAUCCCUCAAGGCACGAGGACUGGACUUGUCCCGAGUGAGGACCUGUGUGGUCGUGGCAGAGGAGCGGCCUCGAAUUGCACUCACACAGUCGUUCUCAAAGCUGUUCAAGGACCUGGGCCUGCACCCACGGGCUGUCAGCACCUCCUUUGGCUGCAGAGUGAACCUGGCCAUCUGCUUGCAGCCCCACAGGCUGUGGACACUAGCUGAGCAGGGAACCUCGGGACCUGACCCGACCACAGUCUAUGUGGAUAUGCGAGCCCUGAGGCAUGACAGAGUACGUUUGGUAGAAAGAGGCUCUCCACAUAGUUUGCCCCUGAUGGAAUCAGGAAAAAUACUUCCUGGGGUCCGGAUCAUAAUUGCCAACCCGGAAACAAAAGGACCACUGGGAGACUCACACCUUGGAGAGAUCUGGGUUCACAGUGCCCACAAUGCCAGCGGCUACUUCACCAUUUAUGGAGAUGAAUCCUUGCAGUCGGAUCACUUCAACUCAAGAUUGAGUUUUGGAGACACUCAGACCGUCUGGGCACGGACAGGCUAUUUAGGGUUCCUGCGGAGAACUGAGCUCACAGAUGCAAAUGGAGAGCGCCAUGAUGCCCUCUAUGUGGUGGGGGCCCUGGAUGAGGCCAUGGAGCUGCGGGGCAUGCGGUACCAUCCCAUCGACAUCGAGACCUCAGUGAUCAGAGCCCACAAGAGCGUCACGGAGUGUGCCGUGUUCACCUGGACAAACCUGCUGGUGGUGGUGGUGGAGCUGGACGGGUCGGAGCAGGAGGCCCUGGACCUGGUCCCACUGGUGACCAAUGUGGUGCUGGAGGAGCACUACCUGGUGGUGGGCGUGGUGGUCGUGGUGGACGUGGGUGUCAUCCCCAUCAACUCACGUGGUGAGAAGCAGCGCAUGCACCUGCGGGACGGCUUCCUGGCCGACCAGCUAGACCCAAUCUACGUGGCUUACAACAUGUAGGCUAGGCCUCCAUGCACUUUUCGGGUGUGAACAGCAUUCUGGGUGUCACCUGACAUGUGCAGACACGAGGGCAACGUCCGCCAGAGGAGCGGAGCCUCCGUGUGGAGGAGGAUUCUCACAGUCACCACGGCCUGGAGACGAGAUGUGAAUUUUGAAGCUUGCUCAUAAAGACUUGGAUUCCUGCCUUCAGUUUGUUGGAAAAGCCCAUUUCAAAAACUUUCAUUUCAUUUCUUUUCUUUUUUAAUUAUUGGAUAAUAAGUGCUUUCUUCGUAAAUGUGGUAUUUUGUUAAGCCGAAAUAGCAAUUAAAAAAAUCCUGCCCUCCAGAUGGGUUCUUUUAAACAAUUUAUGUAGUGUGACAAAGAAUCGUUUUCUCUGUUUUAAUGUGUCAUGAAAUCUUAAUGACAUGAAUCUGUUACUAAUUUAAGCCAUUGCUAGGUCUCAUCCUUCUAGGAAAGUUAAUUGAGGUACGAGAAAACCUUCCAAUAGCACCUUCCAAUUAGAUUUUAGCAGCUUUCUUUGUCAGAAAUGUGCUGGGGAAACAAAGGCUGAUGUAUGGCCUUUGAAGUUAGCAUAGAAUGAGAAGAAAUUAUAAAUAAGGUGUAUUUCGGCAACUAUCUUGCAAAUAUCUUUGUACUAAACUAAAAAGAUAAAAUAAGUUAACUUCCUCAAUAUGUAAUUAUGUACAAAACGUUUAAUUUAUUUUGAUCUCUUUAGAAGUAUAAAAGAGAAAAACAUUCAAGAAUAUUAAAGUCUUGUAAUGUUUGCUAAUAUAAAAAGUGUUGUAUUAUCUUGCGUGGAUAGUAUCACAACAAAUAUAUAUAUGAAAUAUAAAUUCACUAAUGAGAAAGGGGACUCUUAACGCAGAGCUUGUCCCAUGCAUGGUGUGCCCUCCCUGUUCUUAUACACCUGCAGCCGCAGGCACCACAGCCCUGUCUGGAGCUUCUGCUAGGACUGGAGCCCAGCCUUGAAGUCGCUGCCACCUGUGGGUGGUGAUAGGAGUUAAAGCUGAACGUGCACUAUUUUCUUGUCGCUGUGGGCAGUGGUGACCGUGGGGCCAGCAUGUGCUAUGCUGGCCGCACUGAGGGGCUUGGGUGGGCAGAGAGCACUGUUUUCUUAGCUGCAAGAACUCGUUGCACAAUGGUUUUUUUGUUGCUUUCCUUAGUGUUACCUUGUUUGGUCCUGGGUGUGAAAAGGGUGAUGUUCUUUGGUCAUUCACACCCAAUUGUGUUGAUUUCUCCCCAGAAGGCCAGUGUGGAGUGGACAGAGUGUCCAGAGCUCACAAUGGUGAUUGUCCCCUUAAGAUUCAGUCAACUCUGCGUGAGCCCUGGUCUGUGGGCUCCCUGGGGGGAGCAUGGCCCAGGUGCUCCUAACAGAGCUCAGCUGAAGCAAGAACCCUCCCCCUCCCAAUGGCUUUGCUUUGUCUCCCAUGGUGAGCACAGCCCUGGGCUCUGUCACUGCCCAGCUGCCUCACUCACCUCUCAGAGCCCCUCUGCACUUCUGUACAAGUCUGCCCUUCUGCAGCCAACCAAGCAGGGUGGUAUCAGCAAUCCAAGAGAGGUUUAUUUUUUAACUGCCCCAAAGUGACCCUCAGCAGCUCUCGGUACCAGAUACGUGUGACUGAGGUGCUGCUGGGCAAAGUCUGGAUUCUUUUUUCAUUGCAUCGCGGGCAGUGUCUGCCUUUGCUAUACGCAGUCAGCAGUUAGCCCUUUGCUAGAAGAGUUUUGUUUGACUUCUGAGAUCCAAGGCUGAUUAUUUAAAAAAAAACAAAGUGGCACAUUUUCUUAGUGCCUGCAUACAUGGUGUGUCCUUCCACCUCCACAGAUCAUUUGAUUCUUAAAAUACUGUUUGACUACAUUGCUCUGUGUGUUUCUCUACAUGCUUCAGACACACACCCCUAGUCGUCUUCCUUCGGGGGCAAAACCAUACACAUAGAAGAAGACAUUUCUUACACACCCCACCUGUCUAAGGGGGAAAGAAGCUUAAGGGUUCCUGUAAGAUGUUGAUUGUUGAACAUAAUUGCAGCGUGCAGGGAAUAUUUGAGGUCCGCUUACGUAGGAAGCAAAAAAACACAGAUGUCACUUCAAAUGCAAUUUAAACCUUUAGCAUAUCAACUCUGCAUUCAGGGAGGUGAUGCUUUGGUGCAGAUGUGAACGCAGUUAAUAGCAAGUCUCUUCUGCACCCUGUCAUCUCCAAUGUAGAGUUCAGGUUCAAAAGGUUUGGUGGGCUGGGAUUGAAGUUUGGUUGUGCAAGAAAAAGGAGAGGAGACACUUGCGUACCACCAGUUUCAGCAAUAAAGAAGGAUUGUUCUGUAUUAGAAAUUGUACUGUAGAUAAAUCAUUCAUGAGAAUGUAAAAAAUGUUUGUCUUGUGACCUUGUGCUUUUGAAGUCAGACAAAACUGUGUAAUCAACUUGCACAAAAAGAGGGUACACUAUGAACGUACACACACCUAACAAACAGGAGCAGAUUCCUCAUGGUGCUUGUUUAUUAUAUAUAUUUAAUCCUGCUUGACACUUUACCCAAGGGAAACAGUCCCUUUUAUCAGUUGAAUGUUAGCAGCGUUAUUUCAGAGUGUGGUGACUGGUUAGAGAAAUUCAUGUACUCAACCAAUCACAGUUUCAAACAAAAUUUUUACGUGCAAAGGACAGCAACCUUCUUGUAUGUUAAACCACCAGUAUGCUUUGUACAUCUGUGAUAACGCCUGUUUUAUAUUCAAAUGAACAAAUAAAAGCUUUUAUUUUUGUUGCUCUGAAAA